UUUAUGGGAGCUGACAAAACAAAAUUUCCAGAACUUAAACCACUUGAUGUCCCUCUUUCCACACAGUGAAAAAGCACACCAAAGAUGAACAACUUCCCAGACCAAAGGAAGGUAAAGGAGCUGAAGUCUGAAAAUUGCUCGUAGGACCUGGCAUAGCAUGGGACUCAUCUCUUGUGAUUCCACUUGACGGUUACCACUAUUUCAAUAUUUGUAGGUCCUCGCUGACAGUCCCAGAUUCUUAUCCUCCAAGCUCAGUGACACCAGCAGAAACAGAGUGACUGCUUGUCUCAAAGGUCUGUGCAUCAGUUCCAGGGAAGAGCUGGGGCAGUCACUUGAAGUCACACCCUCUAUUCCUGGACAUGGAGGAUUCUCGCCUGGCCUGGGACCCUUGCCAUCUCUGAGGAGAAUGGUUUAGGGAACUAUGACUGACAGCCUCAGAAUAACAAGGAAUGGAGAUCAGGCAGACGAAUCAGCCCAUGUCUGCUACUGAAAGGAUGCUGCUUUUUCAUGCUGGGGUGACAAGUAUAAGGAAAUACCUGGAAAGACACUGGGAUAGAGAAUGAGGUUGCUGAACAUUGUAGGCCGCAGCCUUCUGUCUUCAGAAGCACUGAUCCUGUGACUCCUUCUCAGAAAGAGAAGAAAGCAGUGCCCAGGCAUGGCAGAAUGUAGGACUUGGGUGGGAGCAUCUUCAAGGAGCAGCGUCAUGGAGGUAGGAGGGCCUCAGCAGGACCUGGAACCUCAGCAGGAGCAGCCUCGUGGAGACUAUGGUUACAGAGGGACCCAACCAGAGGGGCUGCUGCAGGAGACUGCAGACCAUUAGAGCCAGACGGAACAGAAGGGAGCAGGUGGUCCAUAUGCCUCACUUCACAAACAAAGGCCUUGGAUUUGCUGAGAUGUAUCCAAGGAGCAGGGUGCUGCUGCUAACAUCUGCAGAGGAUUUGGACUGCACUCCUGGAUUUCAGCAGAAAGUGUUCCGUAUCAGUCAGCCAGCCGAGUUCAUUGAGGACCAGUCAAUUCUAAACUUGACCUUCAGCGACUGUAAGGGAAAUAACAAACUGCGCUAUGAGGUCUCGAGCCCCUACUUCAAGGUGAACAGCGAUGGUGGCCUGGUCGCCCUGAGGAACAUGACAGCAGUGGGCAGGACGCUUUUUGUCCAUGCCAGGACUCCCCACGCAGAAGACAUGGCUGAGCUCGUGAUCGUUGGGGGAAAAGACAUCCAGGGCUCCUCGCAGGAUAUAUUUAAAUUUGCAAGAACUUCUCCUGUUCCAAGACAAAAGAGGUCCAUCGUGGUGUCUCCCAUUUUAAUUCCAGAGAAUCAGAGACAACCUUUCCCAAGAGAUGUUGGCAAGGUAGUUGACAGUGACAGACCGGAAGGGUCCAAGUUCCGGCUCACAGGAAAGGGAGUGGAUCAAGAGCCUAAAGGAAUUUUCAGAAUCAAUGAGAACACGGGGAGCGUCUCUGUGACACGGUCCUUGGAUAGAGAAAUGAUCGCUACUUAUCAACUCUUUGUGGAGACCACCGAUGUCAACGGCAAAACGCUCGAGGGGCCAGUGCCGCUGGAAGUCAUCGUGAUUGAUCAGAAUGACAACAGGCCCAUCUUUCGGGAAGGGCCCUACGUCGGCCACGUCAUGGAAGGGUCACCCACAGGGACCACAGUGAUGCGGAUGACAGCCUUCGACGCAGAUGACCCAGCCACUGAUAACGCCCUCCUGCGCUAUAAUAUCCGUCAACAGACACCUGACAAGCCAUCUCCCAACAUGUUCUACAUCGAUCCUGAGAAAGGAGACAUUGUCACCGUGGUGUCACCUGCACUGCUGGACCGGGAGACUCUAGAAAAUCCCAAGUAUGAACUGAUCAUCGAAGCUCAGGAUAUGGCUGGACUGGAUGUCGGAUUAACAGGCACGGCCACAGCCACCAUCAUGAUCGAUGACAAAAAUGACCACUCCCCAAAGUUCACCAGGAAAGAGUUUCAAGCCACAGUUGAGGAAGGAGUCAUGGGAGUUAUUGUCAAUUUGACAGUUGAAGACAAGGAUGAUCCCACCACAGGUGCAUGGAGGGCUGCCUACACCAUCAUCAAUGGAAACCCAGGGCAGAGCUUCGAGAUCCACACCAACCCUCAAACCAACGAGGGGAUGCUGUCAGUUGUCAAACCUCUGGACUACGAGAUUUCUGCCUUUCACACCCUGCUGAUCAAAGUGGAGAAUGAGGACCCGCUGGUACCCGACGUCUCCUACGGCCCCAGCUCCACAGCCACUGUUCACAUCACUGUCCUGGACGUCAACGAGGGUCCGGUCUUCUACCCAGACCCCAUGAUGGUGACCAGGCAGGAGAACAUCUCCGUGGGCAGUGUGCUAUUGACCGUGAAUGCCACGGACCCCGAUUCCCUGCAGCAUCAAACCAUCAGGUAUUCUGUUUACAAGGACCCAGCAGGCUGGCUGAAUAUCAACCCCAUCAAUGGGACUGUUGACACCACAGCCGUGCUGGACCGUGAGUCCCCAUUCGUCCACAACAGCGUGUACACUGCACUCUUCCUGGCAAUUGACAGUGGCAACCCUCCCGCCACGGGCACUGGAACUUUGCUGAUAACUCUGGAAGACGUGAAUGACAAUGCUCCCUUCAUAUACCCCACGGUAGCCGAAGUCUGUGAUGAUGCCAAGAAUCUCAGCGUGGUCAUUCUAGGAGCAUCAGACAAGGAUCUUCACCCAAACACAGAUCCUUUUAAAUUUGAAAUACAUAAACAAACCGUUCCUGAUAAAGUCUGGAAGAUCUCCAAGAUCAACAACACACACGCCCUGGUAAGCCUUCUUCAAAAUCUGAACAAAGCAAACUACAACCUGCCCAUCAUGGUAACAGAUUCAGGGAAACCACCCAUGACGAACAUCACAGAUCUCAGGGUACAGGUGUGCUCCUGCAAGAAUUCCAAAGUGGACUGCAACGCCGCGGGGGCCCUCCAUGCCAGCGUCCCCUCACUCUUGCUCCUCUGCCUCUUCAGCCUGGCUUGGAGCUAUCCUGCCUGGCACCACACAGACACCCACUGCAGGUCUGUGAGAACUCCUGCCAUCUGAAGCUUGACUCCCAAGUUUCCAUAGCAACAGGAAAAAAGAGAAAAAAAAAUCUAUCCAAAUCUGAAGAUUGCAGUUUACAGCUAUCGAACUUCACAACUAGGCCUCAAUUGUUCUAGAUUUUUGUUUCCUUUGCGAUUUCACUUAGUCUGUAUUUCAUCAUUUUGAGAAUCUUCCUUCUGUGUUUAAUUAAUGGAAUCCUCUGAAUUUCCCCUGAAUAUUUAAAGAUCAUGACCUGUAACUCGACCUUCCAAGAGCAGGCGGGGUGGCUACUCUUCCUGAUGUGUUGACAGGUCGCCAGCCAGUGCUCCAGGCACUCGGCAUUGUCUGUGGGUCGGUAUUUGUAUAUGUAUGAGUAUCUAUAUGUACAUACAUGGUAUUUAUGAGAAACUGGACAGGGCACGCCUGGGCUGGAUAUGUCAUUCUUCCGCACAAGGUUACACAAGGAGGAGGUGGAUGCUACGGGGCCUCAGCACAGGCCACAGAGCUGUCGCUUUUGAUCCGAAGCUGCUUCUCCACCAUCCCAUUCAGUCUGAACAACCAGCCAGGCAGGGCUGCGGAGAGGGAGAACAAAGCAAGUCCUUCCUCCUUAUCUAGGAUGAGGAUCAUAACCAAUCUCCACUGCAUAACAUGCCGUGAUCCUGAGCCAGGCAGGGUGGAGCAGAGCAGGAAAUUUCACCAUUAAGUGCCCAGGAAAGGGCUGCAGUAUUCUUUCCUGGGCAUUCAUCUGCAUUUGUAUGUAUCCUGAAGCUCCAGUCCCACUGAUUCUCCUGGGGCUGCGGAUCAUGGUAGAGAAUCUCUCCCUCCUCGGCAUCUGUACAAUCGCAAAGGUCAUCACAGAGGUCACACAUGCCUCUGAACAGGUCUACAGGUACCAUCUUGUAUACACAUAUAUACCCACCUGUACAGACAAACAUUUAUGAGCAUACACUCCUUUUGUUUCAUAGACACGUGCAUUAAAAUAGAGUCAAUACAGGUAGUUUUAAAAGUACCCUUUCGUGUGAAUCGACUACCGUUGUUUGCAAACCUGAAAAUAAAAGAUGUUCAUUAUGUAUGAAAAGUUAACUGAUUUUUAUUCUGUGAGCAUGUAGCGGUAAGAGGUAAGUUAGUGCUCGUACUGAGGUUAUCUUCUUGUUGAUACACUGUAAAUGAAUCAUCAAAGCUCACACCAAAUUUUUCUAUCAAAUAAAACUAGUGACACCCUGUGGCUUUUUAUGAGAGCCCGCCACAAACUAGGGUAAGGUAAGUGUCUUAGCAUAUUUUAAUGCAAUUGCUUACUAAAGGUUUUAACCACACUCGCGCCCACGCACACGCUUUCUUAUGCAAUCUAUGUUAGCCUUCCGUAGGAAUUAGAAGUCAUAUGUUGUCUUUGUUACAGUGAAAUUAUGCAGAUAGAGUUCCAUAUAUUGUAUUUGUUUCAAUAGUAAAUCUUUUUGGAGCAUAUAGAAUGCAGAGGUUUUUUUUUUCCAUUAAAAUAAAUGGGUAUUGGUGGUUAAAAC